CCGCGUUUUUCCUUCCCUUCACGAAUCGGAUUCUCUCUCCUCUGGAAUAAAAAAACCCUAGUCGUCGGCUCUGUUACUCCGUCGUCCUCGUGUCGGAGACCAAAUUUUUCAAACGCCGACGAGAGAGGUUUCUAAUGGACUCUAAAGGAUCAGUUUCAGCGACGGAAAACGGCGGCGUAAGUAACUUGGAGAAGUUUCUGUGCGAGCGAUUGGUGGACCAGUCGCAGCCGAUCUCGGAGCGAUUUAGAGCUCUAUUCUCUCUUCGCAACCUGAAAGGCCCGGGACCUCGCAACGCUCUAAUCCUCGCAUCGAGAGACUCCUCUAAUUUGUUAGCACAUGAAGCUGCAUUUGCAUUGGGUCAGAUGCAAGAUGCUGAAGCAAUUCCUGCUCUAGAGUCGGUUCUGAAUGAUAUGUCUUUGCAUCCAAUAGUACGCCAUGAGGCCGCGGAAGCUCUUGGAGCCAUUGGUUUAGCGGGAAAUGUUGACAUCUUGAAGAGAAGCUUGGCCUUGGAUCCAGCUCAGGAGGUUAGGGAAACAUGUGAGUUAGCUCUCAAAAGGAUUGAAGAGUUGAGCAAUGUUGAUGCUGAGAACCAGUCAUCCACGACAGAGAAAUCACCUUUCAUGUCUGUUGACCCAGCUGCUCCAGCUGCUGCUUUCUCUUCUGUCCACCAAUUGAGGCAAAUUCUUCUGGAUGAAACAAAAGGCAUGUAUGAGAGAUAUGCUGCACUUUUCGCUCUAAGGAAUCAUGGUGGAGACGAAGCUGUUUCUGCCAUAGUUGAUUCAUUGAGAGCUAAUAGUGCCCUUCUACGUCACGAGGUGGCUUAUGUCUUGGGGCAAUUACAAAACAAAGCUGCUUUAGCUACUCUAAGCAAAAUACUGAGAGAUGUGAAUGAACACCCAAUGGUUAGACACGAGGCUGCAGAAGCGCUUGGUUCUAUAGCAGAUGAGCAGAGCGUUGCAUUGCUACAGGAAUUCUCAAGGGACCCUGAGCCUAUUGUUUCACAAAGCUGUGAAGUUGCAUUGAGCAUGUUGGAAUUUGAAAAUUCCGGCAAAUCGUUCGAGUUCUUUUUCACGCAAGACCCGCUUGUUCACUAAGAAUGCUUAAGGAUCUUACCAUUCUUCUUCGACCAUUUACCAAAAAAGAGACCCAAACUUAAGCAGAAAGCAAACAUUUUCUGCACAGAGCAGAAACUGCUAUAUUAAAAACACCUCAUUAUGGACGAUUAUUAUGAUUCUCUUCAUUGAGUUUAAGGUUAAGAUAACUUGUCUUGAUGGGUAUAGAAGCUUUCCAGUGUUAAUCUGGGCAUAUUGAUUGUAAACAGUAAACCAAAUCCAAGUAAAGUUUUGUUU